GUAUUAUAUGUCUUCAAGUGUCGUGCAUGCAUUUUAUGCACCUGUUGCUUUGCAUGCACACACACUCUCUCUCCUCUCUCUCUCUCCCCGCUCUCUCUCUCAUCUUUCUCUCUCUCUACAGAUACACACGCCUCGUUUUCUCUCUGUCUCUAAAACCUCAGGUCAAAUUUCCAUUGCCUUACGCUGAUUUGAGUGAUUUUCUCUCUGUUUUUCUUCGUUGUUUUGCCUCUGUUCUUCUCCAGCUAAGUGCUAAUGUAAAGUUGGGUGAGAUGAUGCGUGUGGUUCUUGAGAUUUGAGGUGAUAGAUUUGAUAGCUAGCACUGCAAAGUUGGGUUCUUUUUCGUUCAUGUGAACGACCCAUUUGUUGUUUUUUCAUUUGGGGUGAGGUAAAGGUUGGUUUUUUGGUUCUGGGGUUUUGUUUUUCUAUUACCCUUUGGUUUUUUCCUUGUGAAUCUUGAAGCUUUGUGCAUGGGUAUGUAUGGACUCUGAGUAAUUUUGUGAGUGAUGGGUCAAAAGUUUAUUUUCUUUUAGUUUUGGUUUUUGGUUUAGGGUUUUUGAUUUUAAUUUGGGUUUUAGAUUGUGUGUAUUUGACAGUGGAAUUUUGGAAUUUGGAUUGAUGGGUUCCGACAUUUGCGUUGUGAAUGGUUCGUGCACUCACGAAUGGAGAAAGGGGUGGCCUCUGCGAUCUGGUGGAUUCGCCCAACUAUGCUGCAAGUGCGGAUUUAUGGAGGAGUGGAAGGGUGACAUCCUUGACCCGUUUUCUACUAUUCCGGACAAGGUUUUAAAUUGCGGUUGUGGUUGCGGUUUCGUCGCAAUCAUUGACAUUGCGGGAAAAUGCAGAUCUGCUUACGAGAAUUCAGUUUUCUGCAAUAAAUUCCACUGCCAACAAACUGGUUGGAGGGAGUGUAACUUUUGCAACAAGCCUAUCCACUGCGGAUGCAUAGUAUCUAGAUCUUUGUUCGAGUAUCUUGACUUUGGUGGCAUAGGUUGUGUGAGCUGUGUAAAUACUACCCAACUUAGUAUGAUGAGGAAUAUGGAAAAUCCAAAUGUGACUGUUUUGUCGAUAAAAAAUAAUGCGGGUGAUCGGCAUUCUGCUCAUUUUGAUGGCAGACUGCUUGUGGGUGGUGUUGAUGAAGGAAAACUUAUGCAAUUCUGCAAAAUUAUCGAAGCUAGUGAAUCCAGCCGUUGGAAUCAUGCUCAAAGAGAUGGCAUAAUUGCACAUCGUGGGCAAAAAAACCAAGAAGCCAAGAGUUCAUUCAGGGAAGUGGAAAUUGGAUUUUCAAAUGUGAUGAAUCCAUCUGUUCAAUCAUUGACAUUUGCUACAUUAGAAAAUAAUAGGUCAACAUGGGAGAUUAAAAACAUGCAUGAAUCAAAUACAAAGCCAUCUUUGAGUAUGUAUCUGGGAAAUGCAUCAGGGAACAACUCUGUCCCACCUUCUGCUGGAGAGGCUGUAGAAGGAAGACUUGAUGGAAAAACAUCUCCUCCCUUUCAAGGAUCACGCUCUAUAUUUCCUAAACCAUUGAAGAAUGGGCUUACCAUGAAUAUGGAAACAAAUAAAGGUACAAUGUCUCAAUCACGUGUUGCUCGGCCACCUGCAGAUGGCAGGGGCAAGAAUCAGUUACUUCCUCGAUACUGGCCGAGGAUUACUGAUGAAGAGCUAGAGCGAUUGGCUGGAGAUUUGAAAUCCACUGUAGUGCCAUUAUUUGAGAAGGUGUUGAGUGCCAGUGAUGCAGGUCGAAUUGGCCGUCUUGUUCUCCCAAAAGCCUGUGCUGAGGCAUAUUUUCCUCCUAUUUCACAAUCUGAAGGUGUUCCUUUGCGAAUGCAAGAUGUGAAGGGGAAUGAAUGGACAUUUCAGUUCAGAUUUUGGCCUAAUAACAACAGCAGGAUGUAUGUAUUGGAGGGUGUGACUCCUUGCAUACAGGCCAUGCAAUUAUGUGCUGGUGAUACUGUAACAUUUAGUCGGAUAGAUCCCGGAGGCAAACUUGUUAUGGGUUUCAGAAAGGCAUCUAAUUCUACAGAUACACAGGAUGCUUCCACAUCUGCACAAUCUAAUUUAGCAAAGGGAACCGUCUCUUCUGGUACCGAGAAUCUGCCAUCAGGAAGUAAUAAUGCCGAUCUUCUCCAUUCAUUGACAGGGAAUGUUGAAUGUCACUUAAAUGGACAUACAGAGCAUCUGCAUUUGGGUACUGGAACUGCUGGAUUGCUUAAAACUGAAAAUAAUGAGAUGACAAACAGUAGUUCACCACAACAACAAAUUUCCGUUUUAGAGAAGAAGAGGACUCGCAAUAUUGGGCCUAAAAGUAAGAGGUUGCUAAUUGAUAAUGAAGAUGCCAUGGAGUUGAAACUUACAUGGGAAGAAGCACAGGAUUUGCUUCGUCCUCCUCCUAGUGUCAAGCCAAGCAUUGUCACAAUUGAGGACCAAGUAAUCGAAGAAUAUGAUGAACCCCCAGUUUUUGGAAAGAGAACCAUAUUCAGUGCCUGUUCAUCUGGGGGGAAGGAACAAUGGGCUCAAUGUGAUGAUUGCUCUAAAUGGCGAAAGCUGCCUGUUGAUGCUCUUCUUCCUCCCAAGUGGACAUGUUGUGAAAAUGUUUGGGAUUCAAGCAGGUGUUCAUGCUCUGCGCCAGAGGAGUUAAGUUCAAGGGAAAUAGAAAAUCUUCUGAAAAACAACAAAGAUUUUAAGAAGCGGCGAAUCGUAGAAAGCAGCAAGUCAAUCCAAGAACAUGAGCCUUCUGGUCUUGAUGCUCUUGCCAGUGCAGCAGUUCUUGGAGAAAAUCUCAUUGACACUGCCGAGUCAUCAGCUGGAGUCACCACCAAACAUCCUAGACACCGUCCUGGCUGCUCUUGCAUCGUGUGCAUUCAGCCACCAAGUGGAAAGGGGAGACAUAAGCCGACAUGUACAUGCAACGUGUGCAUGACCGUGAAGCGCCGGUUCAAAACUCUCAUGCUAAGGAAGAAGAAACGGCAAUCCGAACGUGAAGCAGAUGCUGCCCAAAAAGAUCAAACUCUUCCAAAAGACGAGCUGGAUACCAAUGGAGCAUCGAGAGACGAUACAAGUCAGUUGGAGAAAGAGGCUGGACUAAAAAGUCAACAUGAGGUGGGUGGGUCCAGUGCUGGACAGAUAGAUCUGAAUUCUCAUCCCAACCGCGAAGACAUGCAAGUGGAAACCACUGGACUUAACAUGUCUAGUCAUCUUGAACCUGCAACAAACCAUACAGUAGGGGAAUUUAUGAACCAAAAUGGCCUAAGAAACUUUAAUAAUGAAGUGCAAACUGGUCAGAAUUCUUCUUUGCACACUCCUAAAUCUAAUGGAGAAGGUCAGAGAUACUUCUCUGAUGGAAGAUGCUUUGCAUCCAUUAUGUGGAACCAGGAAAGAAAAGAUGAGACAAAAAGAGAUGAAAUAGAAUUAAGUCUCCAGAAUGUCUUUAGUAAUCAGAUCCCGUGAUUUGUAUAUUAUACAACAAAACUGAAUUCACAUUCAUUACAAAUAUCAUCUCUCAUUC